AUGGACGACGCUGGUGUGGAUUACUGUAUGUUCACUUCACUUGCAUCUCAUCUGCUUGUUGCUGGCCGUUUGCCUACCACUACGAACCCGUCGGCCACGGAGCAGCAAGUCCGCUUCGCAUAUAAACGCGCCGCUCUGAAAUGCCACCCGGACCGCGUGCCCAGCACGUCCCCCGAGCGCCCCGCCCGCGAGGCGGCUUUCAAGAAAGUCAACGAAGCAUACUACGUCCUCUCCGACCCCGCUCGCCGCCGCAGAUAUGACCUCGAGCGCCGCCAGCAGCGGCGUCCCGACACCCCUCCGCCGUUCUCACCUGGCCCGGCAACAGACACAGGCACAGACACAGGCUCCGCCUCCGCCGCCUUCGCCUCGCGCCAGUUUGCCUCCGUCUUCGAGGAGAUGCUGCGCGAGGAAGGGCUGGCGGAGGACGAUGGCGGGAGGACGCGGCCGACGGGCCGGUUCUGGGCAGUUGUGGGCGGCCUGAGUGGGGCGGCGCUGGGAUUCAUUGUUGCGAAUCUGGCGGGGGCGGUGGCCGGCGCGGUUGCGGGGAAUCGACUUGGAGCGGUGAGGGAUGCGAAGGGGAAGAGCGUUUAUGAGGUUUUUCAGGCGUUGCCGGCGGAGGAUAAGGCCCGGUUGCUGGGAGAGUUGGCCGCGAGGGUUUUGAGGUCUGCUGUUUCGUGA